UUCAUGAAACGCUGAACGUUUAUAUACAUACAAUGUUAGUAAAGUUUUCUCAUGUAAACAAUCUAAAUAACGGAGUCACUUUAAGUGAUGUUUACUACGCGGAUGUUUCAGCCUAUGAAUAAAAUAUACUCGUGAAUCACAAAUACACAAGGGAAUAAACGCCAUAACGUUGUUUAACAAGUGCUGAAUUAUAAAUAAACACUAAAAGCUAUGCAUGGUAUAGCCAACCCUUAUUGCUUUAAUGAGUAUUCCCGUAUGUUGAGUGAGAGAGUGCAGCUUACAACUCAUUUAAGUGCAGACGCUAAUCGUCGGAAAGAUGCGGCAUACUAAAGUUGUUCGGUGACUUACUGGAGUUUUACAUUGCCACAUGUUUGAUUACCGGCAGGCAUCUGUGCGAACAUCAAUGGCCCUAGAGUCAAAUGCUUGGCUCUCGUCCAACAGUACAGCUGCAGGUACAACAGCAAGGGAACAGCAACAGCAGCAGCAGCAACAACAACAGCAGCAGCAACAACAACAGCAGCAGCAGCCACCGCCACCACCGCCACCUCCUCCACAGCAUACAGCUGUUGUAAAGACACGUGAUGACCAGCUUGGUCAAGUUCCACAGCAUGGUAGCCAGAAUUUCAUUGGAGCAGAUGAUAAUCAGCAAAGAAGUUUGCUGAAAAUACCAUCAUCAGUUGUUGGCAAAUGUUCCAUGUUCACACAGACUGAACACACAAACAGGUUCACACAGACAGAACAUCCAGCUGCCAGGUAUGGUGGUAUUUGUCUAGAAAACGGCAGUAACGGAGGUAACUGUAAAGCAGAUUCAUCUACCAUGUUUGACCCAGCAGGUAUGCAGCAGCAGGGCGCCAGUUCACAGAUGUAUAGUGCUUCAUCUGAUAAAAAUAAGGAUCCUGAGAAAACAUCUAGCAGUGCAUCAGCGGAUUUCCCUUUCUGCUACAACGUGAACAUGCUUCAGAAAGUCCACCAACAGAGCAAUUCAGCUGUACCUGUUGGAGGAAUAAGUGGUGAUGACAAAGGCUGCUAUAGAUUUGAUGUAGCUCAACCAUUUGGAUACAAUUAUGCAUUAGUUAAUCAGAUGUCUUUGGCAGCUGCUGCAUCAACUGCAACAUUUAAGUGUGAUGUUUGUGGUUUAGUGUUUGCUCAUCUCUCUCUCUUAAAUCAUCAUAAAAGGAUACAUAACACAACUAAUAUGCUGGCAACUGGAGCUCAAAAUGCUGCAGAAAGUGAACGCCAGUUUACUUGUGAUAUGUGUGGUGUGAGUUUUAGUUUAGCAGGGGAACUUAAGAGCCACAAGAAUGGAGUUCAUGGGAAAGCUAAUCAGAAUCAGCAGCACAUAGGAAGUAAGUGCUGUGAGUCUUGUGGUGUUGAAUUAGCUUGUGAACAUAACGGUGGUAAUUUGGUGAAAGGUAAGAAGAAUGGAAAGUUUGUGAAAUGUGAAUCAUGUCAAGAAAUGAUGUCAGGCAGCAGUUCAGGUUCUGGCUCCACUCCUGUGUACAGCAAUAGCAGUGGUUCGGGGAGUGAGAGUGGUGGUACCAACAAUGCUGCAAAUAAUACAAAUCUGGGUGAGAUUAAACCUGGGCAUCAUCCAGUGAAACGUAGAGGUGUGGCCAGUGUUACAAAAUGUCAUAAAUGUAAUGGAUCUGGCAUCAUUUUCAUUGGUGGGCCUCGUAAUGCAACAGCUGUUGACAAACCCUUCCACUGUAAUGUUUGUGAUGGAACAUUUUCAAGAUAUUCUAGUUUGUGGAGCCACAAAAGAUUGCAUAGUGGCGAUAAACCUUUUAAGUGUGAAAUCUGUGGUCUCGCAUUUGCGAAAGCGGCAUACCUGAAAAACCAUGCUCGUGUGCACACGGGAGAAAAACCUUUCAAGUGUGCCGUUUGCGGGAUGCAAUUCUCACAGUCCCCACACUUGAAGAACCAUGAGAGGAUACAUUCGGGUGAACGUCCGUACCAGUGUGAAGUGUGCGACAAGACAUUUGCCCGUCAUUCGACACUAUGGAAUCACAGACGUAUUCACACCGGUGAGAAACCUUACCGAUGUGAAGUCUGCGGCUCUGCAUUCAAUCAAGCUACCCACCUAAAAAAUCAUGCCAAGGUCCAUACUGGUGAGAAACCACACCGAUGCGAUAUUUGUGAGGUUGGCUUUUCUGACAGAUUCGCUCUGAAGCGCCACCGUGGUAUACAUGAAAAGUAUGGAAGAACGUCUGUUAGUGCUUCAAAUAAUCCAACUGGAAAUGUGCAGAACAGUCAGGUACCUCCAAAUACUUCAAAUGUGAAUGUUAGUAGUGUUAAUGUAAAUUCUGUUUCUAAUGUAAAUGCUGUGAACGUUAACAAUGUUAAUAACAGAAAUGGGUCAAACCCAAAUUCAGCUUCAAAUAAUUCACAAGCUGGCAUAGACGACCUAUACAAAUGUGAGGUUGGAGGGCCAGUGGCAUUUCCUGGUUGUUCCAGGCCCCAUGAUGAGAAACAGUGAAAGGGAGAGUGCCCUUACAUGUAACCCUAUUGUAAAUAACAGUAUUGAGACAGUCACAGUCUAUAAUGUGUAAUUAUGAAGGUUACAUAUAUGUCCACUAGCAUUUUCUGAACUGUGAUUUUCUCAGUAGAGCACUAGGAUUGCUGCUAGAGAUCUCUUUCUUUUCGGGGUGAUUGGGGAGUGUAGCUUGAUCUGUUUAGUAUGUAUUGUCAUCAUUAUUAGGCAGCCUUCAGGAGUUACUCAUGGUUCAUGAUCCCUUUGAGAUGACAGAACAUUUAAUUUGUGCUUCCCCUGUUCACAAUGAAGUGCUACUAACAAACUUUGACGCUUGUGCCUCAGCCAACCUGGUCCUUUGCAAAACCACAUAACGUGAUAUACUGUGUGGAAAACUCCAUGAAUGGUUCCCCAUUAAAAUAUCUUCUGAUAAAAAAUAGUGCACCACAUUGUGUCACACAGCUUUUGACCCUGUUAGUACUCCAUGAAUUUAUUGGUUCCAGCAUAUUGCCUGAGAGUGGUGCAAGGCACAUUUGCUUCCAGAAAUGUGAUACAAAUGCUCACUGUCAUUGGUCAACAAGAUAAAUAAAGAUAUGAAGAUGGUAUCUGUUCUUUCGGACAUGUCUGAAAGAAUAGAUACCAUCAGUGACCAUGCAGCUCUCUUAGAAUGAAAUGAUAAUUAAAUCAAGACCCUAAGCU